CAGGAGCUCCUGAAGAACAUACGCCGCGAUAAGAGAAAGACAGAGAGAGAUCUGCUUUGGUUCUCUGGUUCUUCAAUGGCGUCGCGAUAAAGUUCGGAGGUUGUGAGCUCCGAUGGACGUGGAGAGGUCGUCGUUGUGCAAUUGCGUCGUGAAUUUUCUGCUCGAGGAGAACUACCUGCUCACAGCGUUCGAGCUACUCCACGAGCUGCUCGACGAUGGCAGAGAUGACCAGGCCAUUCGACUCAAGGACUUCUUCGCCGACUCCUCUCAAUUCCCCUCCGAUCAGAUCUCUCGCUUCAACUCUCUCCGAGUUGCAGACCCUCAAUGUUUGCUAGAGGAGAAAGAAGCAGUAGAAGAAAAAUUAGCAAUUAGUGAAUAUGAGCUUCGCUUAGCCCAAGAGGACAUUUCAAAACUGAAGGCCGAAUUGCAGAAGAAAGCAGAAUCACCUUCAAAUGAAUUGAGAGAUUCAAAUGCCAAUGUUUCCGUAAAUAAUGGACCAGAAUUUCAGCGGCAAAAGAGAGAUGUUUCCUUUUCUGAUUUGGGUCCAUUGAAGGACAACGAACGCAGAGAUCUUAAUUGUGCAGUAAAAGAAUAUUUGCUUAUAGCAGGGUACCGGCUCACUGCAAUGACGUUUUUUGAGGAGGUCACAGAUCAGAAUCUAGACGUUUGGAAGAACUCACCCGCAUGUGUGCCAGAUGCACUGCGCCAUUAUUAUUAUCAGUAUCUUUCAUCCACUACAGAGGCUGCUGAGGAGAAAAUUUCCAUGCUCCAAGAAAAUGAUUCUUUAUCGAAAGAAAAGGAGAGUCUAUAUCUUGAAAAGCUAUCCUUACUUAAAAACAAAGAUUUGGCUGAAGGCCAAAUAAGUACACUAAUCAAAUCAAUGGAAGCUCUUCAGAAGGAUCUUAAAGACAAAGAAAACCUUGUACAAGAUCUGAAGAAGUCCUUGGAACACCAGAGAAAGGAGCUUAAUGAUUGCAGAGCUGAAGUCACUGCAUUGAAAAUGCACAUUGAAGGAUAUCGUUCUGGACGGAAUAUGGUAGCUGCUGAUACUGAUCAAAUCCAACCUCUAUCCUUGGAAAAAUACAAGGAAGAAAUUAAAUCACUACAGAUGGAACUAGAAAGUUUUAAAUCCAAAAACACAAAAGCUCAUGAUUAUUCAGAUUCCACCAAUUUUGGAAAAGAGUCUGUGCAAAUGGAAGAAAAGGUCGUUGUCGUGGAUGAAGAUAAAAGUGUAAUCCCACCAGUUGAUGUGGAAUCGAGAGUUGGAAAAGAAGAAGAUCAGUCUCUGGCUGCAACUUUUCAUGAUAACACAGUUAAACCGAAGGAAGUUUCACAUGAGGUCUCCGUCAGUGUUUUAAGUGAUAGCAGUAACUUGGUGAAUGGUGAUAGCAUCUCCAAACAAAAUGGCGAACCAUCAACAGGCAGCAGCCUACAUUUAACGUCAGAGAAUCCUAGUCCUGAAAAUGUUUCUGAGAAAAGGGGCUUAGAGACCAUUCAGAUCCUUGCUGAUGCUUUGCCAAAGAUUGUUCCUUAUGUUUUGAUCAACCAUCGGGAGGAGCUUCUUCCCCUAAUCAUGUGUGCGAUUGAACGCCAUCCAGAUAGCAGCACUCGGGAUUCCUUAACCCACACAUUGUUUAAUCUAAUCAAACGCCCAGAUGAGCAGCAGAGAAGAAUUAUAAUGGAUGCAUGUGUUACCCUUGCUAAGGAUGUAGGAGAGAUGAGAACAGAAACAGAAUUGCUUCCCCAGUGUUGGGAACAAAUAAAUCACAUGUAUGAGGAACGCAGGCUGCUAGUUGCUCAAUCAUGUGGAGAGCUUGCAGAAUUUGUCCGUCCUGAGAUUCGUGAUUCUCUUAUAUUGUCCAUUGUUCAACAACUCAUAGAAGAUUCUGCAACUAUUGUCCGCGAGGCUGCUGCACAUAAUCUUGCAUUGCUGCUUCCACUCUUCCCGAACAUGGACAAAUAUUACAAGGUCGAGGACUUGAUGUUCCAAUUGGUCUGUGAUCCCUCUGGAGUGGUGGUGGAAACAACGCUUAAGCAAUUAGUUCCUGCAGUAAACAAGUGGGGAAACAAAUUAGACCAUAUCUUAAGAGUUCUACUCUCUCAUAUAUCAAGUUCUGUUCAGCGCUGUCCUCCUCUUUCGGGCGUUGAAGGUUCUGUGGAGUCACAUCUUCGUGUUUUAGGUGAACGAGAACGCUGGAAUGUUGAUGUUUUACUACGAAUGCUUGUGGAAAUUCUUCCUUAUGUGCACCAGAAAGCAAUUCAGAUGUGCCCAGUUUCUUCUGAUCCUGAAACAACUGGAACAAUAUUUUCCAAAUCUUUCCUUGAAUUGUAUGCAGGUGGACAUGUUCAAUUGCCUGCAUUUGAGUGGCUGCAUGUUGACUGCUUUCCUGCUUUAAUACAACUCGCAUGCUUGUUACCUCCAAAAGAGGAUAAUUUGCGAAACCAAAUUACCAAGUUUCUGUUGGCUGUAUCAGAACUCUAUGGGGAUUCUUAUUUGACACACAUAAUGCUGCCUGUAUUCUUGGUAGCCGUUGGGGAAGAUGCUGAAUUGACAUUUUUUCCAUCUGCAACCCAUUCCGGAAUCAAAGGUUUGAGGCCAAGAACGGCUGUGGCUAGGAGAUUGGCUACUAUGUGUGUCCUACCUCUUCUCUUGGCUGGUGUUUUGGGUGGUCCAAGCAAGCAUGAACAAUUACUGGAGUACCUGAGAAAGCUAUUAGUUGAAGGUGUUGCAAAUCAAUCUACGAAGUGCAAUGCUGAGAUUGUUGAUGCUGUUCGCUUCCUUUGCACAUUUGAAGAUCAUCACGGUAUGAUAUUUAAUUUACUCUGGGAAAUGGUUGUCAGCUCGAACAUAGAUAUGAAAAUAAAUGCUGCCAAUCUGUUGAAAGUCAUUGUUCCAUAUAUUGAUGCAAAAGUUGCAUCAACUCAUAUAUUGCCUGCCCUAGUUACUCUGGGCUCUGACCAAAACCUGAGUGUGAAGUAUGCAAGCAUAGAUGCCUUUGGAGCAGUGGCCCAACAUUUUAAAAAUGACAUGAUUGUUGAUAAGAUACGUGUUCAAAUGGAUGCUUUUCUUGAGGAUGGAUCUCAUGAAGCUACCAUUGCCGUGGUUCGUGCAUUGGUGGUUGCUGUACCACAUACAACAGAUCGACUUAAAGAUUAUCUUUUAUCCAAGAUUUUUCAACUGACAGCCACUCCACCUUCAAGUGACUUGAUGCGGCGGCGUGAGAGAGCCAAUGCAUUUUGUGAAGCAAUCCGUGCUCUGGAUGCAACAGAUAUUUCAGCAACAAGUAUUCGGGACUUCCUUAUGCCUGUGAUACAGAACUUGUUGAGAGACACUGAUGCGCUUGACCCUGCACACAAAGAAGCCCUUGAAAUUGUAAUGAAGGACAGAUCUGGUGGAACUUUCGACACUAUCAGUAAGGUGAUGGGGGCUGGGCUUGCAUCGUCUGUGAGUAGUUUCUUUGGUGAAGGUGGUCUACUGGGAAAGAAAGAAAGUCCUGAGCCACCACCAGAGCUGGUUGAGUCCCCGAAGGCUGCACCAUUACCACCUGCAGAAGACACUAGAUUAAGGCGAAUCAUGCGGGGAAAUUUCACUGACAUGCUGAGAGGCAAAGCAAAGGGACCAGAGGAAACUCAGAACCAAUAAAAUGUGAUUUGUUUCUGGAAGGGGGUGGCAAGAGUUUUAUUUCGCGUCUCGCUGUCUCAGGUGAAGAUCGUCCAGUUAAUACAAACAUUUUUUUCAUUUUUUGGUCUACUUGUCGUAAAAAGGGUUUGAAGAAAGGAAGAGCAAUAUUGUGCUGCAUUUUUGUGAUUCUGGUUUUAGAGUGCAGAACUUAUUAGAUUGAUCAACCAAUUGAAUUUAAUCGAUAGUUUCAUUACGUCUUCAUUGUGACCUCUCCGCCAUUGCUGGCCGUUAUGUAAACCGGCUUUAUAUCGGACAACUUGAUCUUUACAUCAUCUCCUUGAUAUAUUUCAGUAUUGGUUCUAUAUAUUAGUGCUGAUACGGGUGUUGAAGAUCCGUUUCAAUGUGCUCAAAUCGACCAGUUUGAUCCGGUCUAAUUCCAUUUGGAUCGGGUGGAAUGGAUCGGAUUUGAUUAUUUGGCAGAUUAGACUGGAUCCCCGAAUUUCGAAUCCGACAUGAUUGGAUGGACGGUGGAUUUGCUUCCGAGUAAAGUCCAAAAAAGAGUCUGUUUUCUUUUCUUUCUUGCUUCUUAUAGGCAGUUUAAAUUGUACUGGGUGUAAACAAUAUGUACGUGAUUUGAUGGUACUCUGUUUAAUAAAUUAUAGACCCUAAUAAUUAUCCUACA